AAAACAUGUCUUAAAGAGGUAUUCAAAAUUGCUACAAUGAAUUUAUCGAUUUAACGACUAUCGAGUUGGUUUCAUUCGUAUUUUCGAUCUUUACAAUUGUGAUUAGUAGAAAAAAAGCCCAGCAGAGGUAGGCAUAACCUAAUUCCCAAUUGGCUCAAGUCAGGCGGUCUGAAUAGUCACGACUGUUGUGAGUUCAAUAUCCGAAGUCUACCUCGGGCAUAAAAAACGAAAUGUCCGCAUAAAGUUUUGUUGGAAUAUAACUUGAGGUUAGGAUCGCGUUUAGUGAAGUAUAGCUCUUAAAUGAAAAUGUUUGGAAGAGAGUGGAAUUUCCGUGUGACUUUGAGGACUACACCAGGUGAAUGUGUUGGGGUUGUUGGAAACUGCCAUCAGUUGGGAAACUGGAACCACCAAAAUGGAAUCCUCCUGACCAAAAGUAUAGUUAAUUCAUCAGAUGGGAAUGAAAUUUGGCAGGGGACUGUUCAGCUACCGGUGGAUCAAGAAGUUUACUUCCGCUAUUUCACUUGCAUCGUCUUGGAUCACAUAGCUGAAAAUGAUGAAGGAAACAAAAGAGAUUUAAUUGUGAGGAGAUGGGAGACCAACAUCUCACCAAGACUAAUAAAGAUUAACAGCUCUCAAAAUGACCUAAUUCACAUUGACCUCUUUGGGACUUACAACGGAGAAACACGGGUCGAUCGAGGCUGGCUUACGAAAGAAACCGUGGUCCAACUGAAAUUGUACAACGAUCCUAUUCGCAUGUGGAAGAAAUCUCUUCAUGGAAAGGCUUUUCGCGUGAAAGUAACACCUGUCGAGGUUGAUGUCUCGUGCAGCAAUACUGUUCGGGAUGGUGGAAUUGAUGAAAGCUGGGAUGUGCAAGACGUACGCAAUGCGGUUAAAUCUUGGCCUUUAAUUGAAGUGGCGGCAAUGAAUAAUGCUGAUUGCGAGUUCAAGCCUCAGCAGCAGUUUGGCCAAUUAAUGGAUCGCGGAUCUUAUCUAAUUUUUCAAGCUCAGGUUACCAAACCCGAAUCGGUGACAUUUUUGGUGGACUUCUACGCCCAUAAUACAUCCGGAGGGGAUCCACCCGAGCAUGUUGGAUUUUGCUACGUCCUACAGAACAACAUGACGCAAAGUGAAGGCUGUGCCACUGUGCCCAUUACCAGUCCCAAGCACUUGGCUAUCGGCCAACUAAAAGUGGAUUACUUGAUCGUGCGGCCUAUGAACGGAUUCGAGUGCGACAUGUCCAUAUCUUUUGCUCGCCAUUGGAAGCAUACUUGGCGCGGUUUAGAAGUGGGCCACCGUGGUGCCGGCAGUUCUUUUAAAGAAGCACUGAAGAGUUGUUCGUCCAUUCGGGAGAAUACUAUAGCGUCCUUAGCCCAUGCUGCCAAACAUGGAGCCGACAUGAUUGAAUUUGAUGUCCAACUGUCCAAGGAUAUGAUACCGGUUAUUUACCACGAUUUUUACGUCUACACUGCAAUGAUGAAGAAACUCGGGAAAGAUGAAGGCACUAAUGGCAACACUGAAGGGCAUGUUGAUAUGCUUCAUUUGCCUAUCAAAGAGCUGACCCUAGCCCAGUUGCAAAAACUCAAAAUUUACCAUGUCAAAGAGAACACUCGCGUGCCUAAACUCAAUGAUGACGAUUUUGAUGAUCACCAGCCAUUCCCCACGUUACAACGUGCCUUGGAACACUUGGAUCCGCAUUGCGGCUUCAACAUUGAAAUUAAAUGGACUAUGCAACUUAAGGAUGGAUCGUUCGAACUCAACAACCCAUUUGAACUCAACCUCUACCUGGACACUAUCCUGAAGCCAGUGUUGCAGUAUGGCGGAACACGAAAGAUUAUCUUUUCAUGCUUCCAUCCUGACAUUUGCACCAUGUUACGUAUGAAGCAGAACAAAUACCCAGUCAUGUUUCUAACUCAGGGAAUCACAGCAAAGUUCGCCGACUACCACGACCCCCGCACUCACAAUAUCCCCACAGGAGUUCACUUCGUUUCAGCGAUUGGCAUAUUGGGUUUGUGUGUGCAUUCGGAAGAUAUUCUGCGCGAUCCCACUCAGGUGGCUUUAGUACAAAGCCGAGGCCUCAUCCUCUUCUGCUGGGGAGAGGAUAAUAAUGACCAAGCAACCAUCCGAUACUUGAAGAACUUGGGCCUUAACGGCAUCAUUUACGACAAGAUCGACGUGCAUAGCGCCAAGGAGACAAAAGAGUCCAUUUUUCUAGUGGAAGCCAGACAGGAACAGAAAGAACUACUGAAAAUUGCUUCGUCGACUUCCAGUUCCUAGUUAAUUCAGCUCCUUUUUACAUGAUUUAGUUUAUGUCUUCGUUUGGCUUGCGUUUUUCGAUUACUUAUUUCAAUUUAAAAAAAAAAUUCUUUCCCCAAAAGAAAUUCUAGUGCAUCCCGGGUGCAAGAAAAACGUAAGAAAAUUAUUGCGUCCCGGUUUUUGUUUUGAAAGUUAAAUAAUACAAAAAAAAAAGAUAAAAAAAUGGUUUCAAUUUUCGUGGCGUGGCAACAUCAAAAUA